AGCGUGGCGUCGCGUUGCGUGGAAUGGCGUUGCGUGGCGUUAGGUUAGGUUAUACGUACGCGUUUGGUUAUCGCCAGCUUUAGUAGCAAUCGCGAAUCAAAAGCAAGUGUACUCUGAACAAUUUUACAAAGUGUAAUAAAAAAUGGGAAGAAAAUUUAACUUUUCUUACAGAGAGGAUAUUAUACUGAUCGAAAAUAUAAAAAAUUACCCUGUCCUUUAUGAUAGAAGUGACAUAAAAUUUAGUUGUUACGAAACCAGAAAAAUUGUUUGGAAGGAAAUAUCAAGCAGAGUGAACAGAUCAGCUACGGACUGUAGAAAAAGAUGGCGAAGUUUGAGAGACACAUUUGUAAAAAGCAAACAAGGUAAACACAAUCUAGAUGUUGAAUCCAGAUCGCAAUUAAACUUUUCAAUACAGCAGUACUUAGAUUUUUUCAAUGAAGCAUAUAUAAAAAGCAGAACGGGUUAUUCGCCAGAAUUUUUGUAUAUCAGCAGUACUGACACAGAAAGUACAUCAACAGAAUCAGAUUUACAAAAUAAUAGUUUUUCUUCGAGAAAAAGAAAACUACAUACAAUAAAUAUCCUAAGGAAAAGGCAGAAAGAUGAUACAAACGAAUUCUUGGAAUUAGAGGAAUGUGUUCCUGAAGCAAAGGACCCACUAGGAGAUACUGAUGAACAGAUGAUCGAAGAUUGCGACCCAGUUUUAUCGUUUUUCAAAAGCAUGGCCAUGACGGUUAAAACAUUUUCACCAGACUUAAUCGCCGAAGCAAAAUACAGAGUAUUCCAUGUAGUUAACGAAUUAGAAAAAAUGUCAUUACCUACAAUAGAAAUUGUUCAGUUAUGAAUCUCAUAUUUGUUCAUGUAAUUGA